GUGGGACUUUAACACGUGACAUAUGGAACCGUGGGCGGAGUUUAACAUCAAUCUCGAAUCGUGUUAAGCCCCUGUUGAAUCAUGGAACACCACCGUGUACUGCUUCCUCUUGCUGACUCAUCGCUCUCUCUGAUUCUCUUCCCAGUUCCUUUCUUCCUGGGCUGGUGCAAGAGUCGGAGCCGGUUUAAAAAAAAAAAACCCAAACAUAACAAAAACGUGCGUCUUCUUUUAUGGGUAUGAGAACAAGGAGAAUAAUGAAGGUCACAAUUGGUAACACGUAAAUACUGAAAGUACAAAAACAUAAGGCUUUGUUAUACAGAUAGAAGAAAGUGAGCAAAGACGACACAGCCGAGGACCAGUGUUUUCACAAGUGCACCUGCUCAAGAAAAAAAUAAAAACAAGAGUCCACCAUAUUGAGACUUCUCACGGCUCCCUUCUAGGACUGUGAAUGUGAAGAGUUGAUCGGUGAAAAGGAAUAAAGUAUCUGACAUGGCAGAUCGCAUAGAAUACCUGGUAGUUCAGAUCAAGGAAGAGAAUGGCGAAGGAGAGACCUCCUGCCUUAACCAUCAGGAACUCGGCCCUGAGCAAAGGGGCUUUGACAUGGCUACAAAUGUGGAAGACAAGGACUUUCAGAAGGGGCUUUUCCAUAUUAAAGAAGAAGAUGGUGGACAAGUGCCGAUCCCCUUUGAAAUUGCAGGCCACGGAAGUGCAGAUUCUACUCUGGCCCAUGAGGCUGCAGGGAGUGACGCCAUUGGGGAUCAGAGUCCAGAAAUAAAAAGGGAGAGGAGUGAUUUAGGGUCCCCUGAGAUGACAACAUGUGAGCCUCAGUGCCUUUCUGUCCAGCCCAAGCCUGAAGUGCUGGAUCUUGAACAUGAGGUGGUUAUGAAAAUAUCAAACAAAAAAGAAGAUGACGAACAACAGUCAUAUUUAAGGCUGCCUGAGAAGUAUUUUCAAGAAAAUGACAGUUUCCCUCUGCCUUCGUAUGCUGUAGGAUUCUCAGAUGGAGACCCUCUUCAGAGACAGGAAACUGCUACGGCAUGGAAGAAGCCACACUGGUGUUCUGAAUGUGGUAAAAAAUUCUCACAGAAAAGUAACCUUCUGGCACACUUGAAAAUCCACACAGGAGAGAAGCCACACUGCUGUUCUGAAUGUGGCAAGAGAUUUUCACAAAAAAACAAUCUUCAGUCCCACAUGAAGACUCACACAGGUGAGAAGCCUCACAGCUGUCCUGACUGUGGAAAACGAUUCUCGCUCAAAAACCAUCUUAUGUCACACAUGAACACUCACACUGGUGAAAAGCCACACUGCUGUUCUGAGUGUGGCAAACAAUUCACACGAAAAAGCAAUCUUCAGGCACACUUGAAAAUGCACACGGGAGAGACGCCUCACAGCUGUCCUGAAUGUGGCAAACAGUUCUCACAAAAAAACCAUCUUUUGUCGCACAUGAAUACUCAUACAGGUGAGAAGCCGUACAGCUGUUCAGAAUGUGGCAAACGAUUCUCACGUAAAAACAAUCUUCUAUCACAUGUGGCAAUUCACACAGGAGACAAGCCUCACGGCUGUUCUGAAUGUGACAAACAGUUCUCACAAAAAAAUCAUCUUUUGUCACAUGUGAAAACUCACACAGGGGAGAAGCCAUACGCCUGUACUGAGUGUGGCAAACAGCUUUCAUCCACGAAAAACCUUCAGAUGCACAUGAGAAUUCACACGGGAGAGAAACCGUAUAGCUGUUCUGAAUGUGGCAAAUUCUUUUCCCGCAAAGACCAUCUUCAUAGUCACAUGAAAAUUCAUACUGGACAGAAUGUUGCGAGACAGUUUUUCUGUACUCAAUGUGGCAAACAACUUUCUUCAAUGAAAAACCUACGGGUGCACAUGAGCCUUCACACAGGAGAGAAACCCUAUUCCUGUCCUGAAUGUGGCAAGCGAUUCUCACACAAAAUGAGUCUUUGGUAUCAUGUGCGAAAUCACAAUGGGGAGAAAACACAUUGCUGUUCUGAAUGCAAAAAGCCUUUCUCAUGCAGAAGUCAUCUUCUUAGGCACAUGAAAAAGCACACUGGGGAGAAGCCAUAUUCCUGCCCUAUAUGUGAGAAAUGGUUUUCAGAAAAGAGCUCUCUGAAGAAUCACAGGAGACUUCACACAGGGGAAAAGCCACAUUGCUGUCCUGAAUGUGGUGAACAAUUCUCACUGCUAAGCAGUCUUAAUAAACACAGGAAAAUUCACAGUUCUUCUGAGGUACAGGAAGAGACGACCAGGGAGACAAGUUAGGUGCUACGUCGAACCUGUGAUGCAAAUUAAAGAGGUGUCCAUUCUGUUCCUGUAGAUGGAGCCACUCUGACAUCAGUGCUGCUGGGUCCUGUCUCUAGCAUUAUAAGUCAGUCAGUGGCACUUGGUGGGUAUGGGGUACAAUGAGUGUAGAAAUGAAAAGUUGAUUCUUUUUCCUCCAAAAGUCUGAAUACAAUUGAGAGUCAGGUCAUCCAUAAAAUAACCACUACAUUGCAGAAAGGGGCAUUUUUUAAUCUUACAGCCAUAUUAUUUGGUACAUAUUAAAAUGAACUCAUCUUUUGGAAUGUUGCUGCUAUUUCAAUUGAUCAUUUUAGGCACAUUCUAUCCAAAGUAGAUAACUACUAUAUGUUAAUAUGUGAACUGUGCUCUUCUAAGAUAGAAUAAGACGACCUCACGUUGUAGUUACUGUAUGCUUGUUGGUGUGCAGCAUUUGUUGAAGAUGAUAAAAGUGUAACUCGGGUAGUGAGAAUCAAAAAGAACAGAAAAGACAAUUAGAAAAGAAACAAAAGGUCCUUGGCACUUUGCACACUUUCUCUGGUAGCAGGAGCACUGAGUACCAAAAUCAGUUGACAGAUGAUAAUUCCCAGGGUACCAUCCAUUUACCAGUACAUCCACCAAACUGGCUCAUCAUAGCAAAGUUGUGAGAACUGACCAUUUAUUCAGUCUAAGCUAGUAGGAAUAAUUCUAAUGUGAAUGAUUUUUUUUGACCCACACACUUUGGCCAUGGCCAGUCCCCUAAUA